UCAUGCCCAUUAGGUACUGUAUAUAUAUAUCUGAAAUAGUUCAUGAUGUACUUAUUGUAGAUAACAGAGACUGUAAGAGCUUGUUUGAGACUGGUUUUGAUAGAAAUGGUGUUUAUACUGUUAAUCCUGAUGGAGGGACUCCAUUUGAAGUAUACUGUGAUAUGGAGACUGAUGGUGGUGGAUGGACUGUAUUUCAGAGGAGACAAGAUGGAUCUGUUGAUUUUUAUAGAUACUGGACUGACUAUGAGAACGGAUUUGGUGACCUUACUGGUGAGUUUUGGUUAGGAUUGAGCAAGAUUCAUCGUCUUACUAAAGAAGAAUCAAACACACUAAGAGUGGACCUGGGAGACUUUGAGGGGAAUACAGCUUAUGCUAGCUACUCUACAUUUAAUGUUAGUGAUGGUAGUACUGAAUAUAUACUAACAGUAGGAGGAUGCUCUGGUACUGCUGGGGAUGAUCUGGUCUGGUAUCUUAAUGGAAGGAGAUUCAGUACAAGAGAUAAUGAUAAUGAUGCAUGGUCAGGUAACUGUGCUCAGUACCACACUGGUGCCUGGUGGUAUAAUAGCUGCACUCAUUCAAAUUUUAAUGGUCGUUAUUUUAAUACUGCAACAACUAAUAAUCGUCAAGGAAUUGUUUGGUACUAUUGGAAAAAUGCAUACAUUACUCUCAAGUUCACAGAGAUGAAAACUCGUCGUGAUAUUUAA